AUGCUCUACAAGAUCGCUUCUGCUGGUCGGGCCAAGACUAAUGUAUGCCGAAACCUGCAUCGGCUGAUACACAGGGAAGGGGUGACCCUUCCCCUCGAAAUUAGUUUAGUGCAGGUUCCCGUCCGAAAGAGAAGGCCAUGUGUGAAGAAAGUCAUGGUCUGGUAUCCGUGCAUCUACCCCAGCACCUGGAUGUCCUAUAUGCUGGAGAACCAAAGCUAUUUGGUUCUUGGGGGAGUGGAUAUUCAGGAACCCAGCAAGUGGCAGGGUAUUCUGAAUGACUUCUGGCAACAAUACUUACUGUACGACGAGCAGCACACCUAUACGACUCGAUUUCUGUUCACCGUGGUGCCAAGUGAACUAUACUGGAAAGAUGCAACCCUCGACGGAUUGAACCGGUUGCAGCUGGUGCAGAUUGAUAUUGUGGCUCCAGCCUUGGAUCAAGCUAAGGUGAUGUCAUUGAAGACAGGCGAAGAGCAAGUCUCCGAUCCUGAAAGUGCCUGGGCUUUCAGAUGUGGCAAAGAUUUCGUUUCAAGUGGGCUGGUGCUGCUGUGCAAACUGGAGUUGGUCCCUGGUCGUGGCCUGCCGACUCGUCUAGCUGAUGCCUACUCUGACUUUGUGCAAUGGUGCAGCCGACAUGGAAAAUCCACUAGCAUACGGGGCUUCUCCAAAGCUGGCUUUAAAAUGGGGUACCCUGAAAGCAUCUAA